AAACAGAAGUGCGAAUAACAGAGACCUCAAAAACAGUUUUGGCUUUGAGCCCCAAACAACCCUUAUCGAAUUUUGACUGUUUGAUGCUGAAUAGCAACGAUGUCGAACAUGAGCGGUGGUCUUGGGGAGAUCACAACAUCCAGUGUUUUCAGCACAACAGAAUAUGAUUACUCUGAGAUUUCUCAACCGUGUGAGUAUGGAUACCAUUCAAGACGUUUUCUCCCUGUGCUCUACUCCCUGUUCUUCGUGGUGGGCUUCCUGGGCAACAUGCUGGUGCUAUGGGUGAUCCUGAGAGGUGCUCAGCUGAAAAGCAUGACUGAUGUGUCUCUCCUGAACCUGGCCAUCGCUGACCUUCUACUAAUCUUCUCUCUCCCCUUCCUGGCUCACUACGCCAGGGAUACCUGGGUUUUUGGUAGAGCCAUGUGCACUCUGGUCCUCAGCGUGUACUACAUUGGAUUUUAUGCCGGCAUUUUCUUUAUUGUGCUGAUGAGCAUCGACAGAUACUUGGCUAUUGUCUAUUCUGUGUUUGCCUUGAGAAUCCGAACCAAGACUUGUGGGAUUUUAGCCAGCCUGGUAGUCUGGAUUAUAGCUAUUGCAGCAUCAUUUCCUGAGCUGCUGUAUCUUGGAGUUGAAGAGACUGGGACUGAAGUAGUUUGCAGUGCUUAUCCAAAAAAUAAAAGCCACAAUGAUGUGAGAAGUGCAGCUUUCUUUAAAAUGAAUGUUUUGGGAAUGCUGAUUCCACUGAGUAUCGUAGGAUUUUGUUACUCAAUGGUUCUCCGGAAGCUUCAGACCCUUCGUACUUACAAGAAACUGGCUAUUCGUCUUGUCAUUAUAGUUAUGGUGGUGUUCUUCUGCUGUUGGAUACCGUACAACAUUGCAGCAUUUCUCAAAGCACUGGAACUGAAGCUUAUCCUGCCUCCAGGGUGUGAGCUCAGCAAAACAAUCCAGCUCAUGCUGCAAGCCACUGAAGCCGUGGCAUACUCACACUGCUGCCUCAAUCCAUUCCUCUACGUGUUUGUGGGUGAAAAGUUCAGGAGGCACCUCACCAGGCUUCUGCGCCAGACACCAUGCUUCCAAGUGCAGUUUAUGAAGCGCUACAUGAACCAGGCCACAGGGUCGGUGUAUUCACAGACCACAAGUGUGGACGAACGUUCAGUUGCCAUAUAAAUGUAGAAGAAAAUGAAAUCAUCUUAUUUUACAUCUCAAUUUAUAAAUGCUCAUUCGGUUUAUAUAUACUGGUGAAAACUUCUUUUUGCAUGUGUCUCUGAAUUUAGGUAAUUAAAGAAUACCAUACCAUGCACCUAAAUGGUGCAUUUUCUUUUCAUUGGGGUGGUAGCUAAAUGUACUUUCCACCUAGAAAUGUGAAUAUACUGAAUCAUCUAUUUUAAGGUAGAUUUAAAGUACAUAAUUGGACUUUAAUUAUAUUUUAGAGUAAAGCCUGGAUUAUGGAUGAAGGUUAUGCUGCAUUCUGAAUGGUCAAGGUUUUCAGAGGACUCCCGCACCCUCAUUUUAUGUGUACUGGUGAAAAUGAGAGAAAUUAUAUUUGUAUGUUUUAUAUAUACAUGCUUGUGUCUAAGUAAAAACAGAUCACCAUACCAUGCUCUGUUGUUAAACGUUUUGUAUACGCAAACUUCAAGUUGUGUUAGAAUACCUUUUUAUGCAAGAGCCAGCUGUAGAAUAUAAAUAAGAUGGUGUGUUGGUUAAUUAGUAAUUUCCUAGUCAAUAAUGUAUGUUCUUCCAAUCAUAUAUUUUUAAAAAGAAGUGAUAAACACAUGAACAUCUAUGACUUAAACCAUUAUUUAAUGUAGCACAAGGUUAUAGUAUUAUGAGGUUUAUAGCUCCAUUGAGUCACUUUGGACAUGCAGUUUAAAUAGGUUGAUGAGUUGUCGGUUUGUUAGUUCACAUAUCUUAUUUACAUGAUUUACGCAUGGUCUUGAGAUUUCAGAAAGCUCAAUGGUCUUUAUGUCAUUCAGCAAAUGGCCUGCGAAUGAAAGUGGAAAGGUAUGGAAAAGGUUUUAUUUAUAUACAUUAUAUGGCCAAAAGUAUGUAGACACCUGACCAGGUGCACCCAUAUGUGCUUGUUGAACAUCCCAUUAAAGAUUUGGUCCCCAUUUGGAAGGCUUUACACCAGUUUUUGGAACAUGACUGUGGGGAUUUGCUCAUUCAGCUACAAGAACAUUAGUGAAGUUGAGCACUCAUGUUGGGCAAGAAGACCUGGCAUCUGUAUACUGUAAUGUUACAGUAUACAAAGGCAUUCUAGAUGUCUAAUUUUGUGGCAAUAGUUUUGGUAAGACUCACAUGGGUCUGAAGGUCCAUAUACCAUUGGACAUAUUAUAUAUAUGUUCGCCAUUUUGUAGUAUUACAACCUGGAACUGAAAUGGACUUAAUUGGGAUAUUAGCCUAAUUAACACAACACUGCUGAUCACAUUUGGAACACCUUAUAAGACCGUGAAUCAUGGUGGUGGUAGCGUCAUAUUGACACCCUUUAUGUUAUUUGAAUUUUGACAAAAUUAUAAGUUGCUAGGAAGCCCCUAAUUUACUGCAAGCCAUUGCCUUUGCAAGCCAUUGUCACAUACUCUGACUAGUUCAAUAUUAAGGGUUAUUUUGUUCAGAUUCAUGAAAUCUCACUUCAUUUCCAGGUUGUAAUACUAUAAAAUGUAGUUUCUAGAGGGUUGAUUAGUUAUGUAAGGCUUUAUAUGCACAUUAUCUCUACAUUGUAAAUCAAGCUAUAUACAACUACGUUAAAUCUAAAAAUGCAGUAAAGUUUUUAAUAUAUUAAUUUACUAUUCCGAGUUCUUACUAGUAGUGGUGCUUUCUUAUAAUUUUACUGAGCUCAUCCGUAUUACACAUGGAGUACUUCAAUUGUAUGUGUAAUUCGGAUAUUUAAAUGAUAUUUCUGAAGAAUGAUGGAAUCUACUUUGAAAAAAUUUGUAUUAUGAAAGGAAAAUUAGUUCCUGGUAGUUGAUACAAACCAAUUCCUGUCUUUUAUUCUUGGGGUUACUUGGUAAAAGUAUUUUUAAAGGGAUGAAUUAUUGCAUGAGUAGGGGGUUUAUACUGGUUUUCUGCUAUAGCAUUAUUGUGUGUGUGCAUGUACUCAUUUAUUUCUUAUUUGUUGACUUUGAUCCUAUCUGGAAAAACAACUCUAUGCAUCUUCUCAUUCUCAAACACUUUAUAUAAAUAUAUUAAUAAUAAUCUAUUGAAUAUUUUCUGUUGCCAAAGCAGCUGCAUGUGCAAGUUGUUAUUUUUUACUGCUUUAAAGGACGGAAUAAAUAAUGAUAAUUAUCUUUAAAAUGUG